AUGUCGAGCGGUUCCUUGGACGGCAUGAACCGGGUGGGUGUGGGCGUGGGUAUGGGCGGGAGUGUGGGCGUCAGGUUGAGGAAGUCUUCAGUGCCCAUCGUGUCGCCUCAGUCGCUGGAGAUCCCUACCGGACCUCUGACACAAAGGUCCUUAUCACGCAGCAGCUCCCCGGCCAGUAACCUUCACCACAUCUACUCGUCCUUCGCCAGACGGAGGUUCUCCAACGUGAGUGACGAUCUGCCCAACAACAGCACACGAACACCCAACAUGUCUUCCUCAUCCUUCGCCAGACGGAGGUUCUCCAGCGUGAUGGACUAUCGGCUCAACUCCUCACUAAAACCCAACAUGUCUCCCUCAUCCUUCGCCAGACGGAGGUUCUCCAACGUGAGCGACGUGGUGACGAGGAAGAUCUCCACGACUAUCGGCUGGCGGAGCGUCAACGUGGAAGCGGUGGUGACUCAGGCCAAGUGUUUAGUGACGCAGUACAUCAGGUCGAGGCUCAAGCGUGCUGGCCUCUUACACAAGAAGUUGGGGCUACAGAGACUACGGUCUGUCGCUAAUCUCGCUGGGGGCUGGGAGGUCUGUGAGGUGUUCCCGCGGGUAUCGGGUAUCGGUCAGGAGCUGGAGAGGACCUACCCGAAACUAUAUGCUUCUGUGGCCCGUCAACUAUCUAUCACCCUCACUUCCGACAAGGUGGUGAGGUCAGUGAUGGUACAGGUAGCAGGUCAUGUCUUCAGGGCGGAGGUCACCUGGGCUAGAAUCAUCUCCCUCUUCGCUGUCGCCGCCGGUCUCGCCUCCGACUGUGUCAAACAAGGACACCCCGAGUACGUGGCUGGAGUGAUCGAAGUGGUGGGCCUGGUGACUGAGAGGCAUACAGCUCCUUGGAUAGCUUCUCAGGGCGGCUGGAGUUCACUGUUGACGUGGUCACAGACGCCAGAGACAGAGGGUUCAGUGCUGCAGGUGUUGGUGCUUGUGGUGGUGGGUCUCAUCCUUGCUGCCUUCAUGAUCAUCCUGGCCCUCAAGUUCCUGGGUGAGCUUGUCACCUGAGUCAACUUUUGCUCCUCUCCCUUUAAGGGUUUUAUUAGGCUAAGAGAUACCCUUAUGGGUAAUAUAGCUCCCUUAAAGGUAAUGUGAUUUGCAUUCAUCUUCAGGAUAAUGUAGUACCCAGGAGGUAACGUAGCACCCUAAAGGUAACGUGAUAACCCUCCUCUUAGGGUAACCCCAUUCCUCUUCAGGAUACCUUAGCCCUUGAGGGGUAACAUAGCCCCCUAAGAAUAUUGUGAUAGUCCCUCUUCCUUGUUCUGGGCUCAUGUAAUCCCCAGCUAGCUAGUGGUUGGUGAGGUGUAGCAAAGUAGUGAUGACUCACAGCCUGUCACUAGUAUGUUGAUACCCUAGGCUAAAAAAGCCCCCCUCCCCCAACCCACACACACAGCUGAGCUAGGAAUGUGCUGUUGGCCAGGAAAGUAAAUGUGGUUGUACAAAAGUGCCACUAAUUGAGUCAAUAUAGUGCCAGUGCCUAGGUUGGGGAAAUACAAGUAUUGUACAGGGUAGUUAAACAACGGGUUUGCCAACCUUGGGAAAGUGCCAGUGCCAAGAAUAAGGAAGUGUCAGUAGGAAGGAUAGGAGUGCUGGUGUCAAGAAUAAGGAAGUUACAGUAGGAAGGAUAGGAGAGUGCCAGAAUAGAGAAAUGGUAGUGUUUUCAUAUGAUAGUGUUCAGUAAUUUGUUGACUACGUCAUGUGGUAUUGUCUUGACACUUUUAACUGGUGUACAGAAACGACAGUCAGCCAUAUUAUCAAAAGGCUACAGUAUAUUUGUGAAAGUUGAAGAUAAAUAGAGUACAGUGCUGAGGAAUAAAAGCUUACCUUCCAGAAUUUUUAUACAUGAUACUGUCUUGUUAGCAUCAUUAUUGGCAAGGCUUGUUAAGUUUAAUCACACUAAAAUAAUGAUUGGGGGGAGAAUAACAUAUUGCUUUAAAAGUAUAUAGUAUUAAUGUAUAGAAAAGGUAAUGGUUUUAGAGACUUCCUGGAUAUUAAAACUUAUAUUCAGAAAACCAAAUUAAUAUUCUGUUUUGUAAAUGUUUUAAUAAGUGGGGAUGUGAGGAGAGCAGCAUUGGUGACAAGGACAAAUGAGUGUAGUUUUUUUAUAAAUUGACUAAAAAAAAAUGAUAUUGUAGUAAUUGUGCAAAGUUAUCUUUUCAUGAAUAAGUCACUAAAAGAACAAAACCUGGCACAGUAUUUUGACUUCACUGAAGAACAGCUUACAUAGUUUUUAUUUAUAUACAUCACUUUACAAAAAAAUGGCAUUAUUUGUAUUAGUUAACUAAAGAAGUCUGCUUCUGAUCUUAAACAUUUAAUGAUAUACAAUAGUGAUGUCACGUUUGUCAAAUUGCGGUUAUAUCAGGAAGUCACAACUGCACAGUUGUGGUUGUUUGGUUUAACUUUAAACUUGGAUUAAUGCUGUAACCUGUGUGAACUUUUCAAUUUAUCUGCCUAUGAUUUUUUCCUAUGAAGAAGCCAUAAUUUUGAGCAGCAUAUUACUCUACUUUAGUGUACAACAUGUACUCAAAUGUACUAAACUAGAGGACUAGAAUUUUUAACUCUUAGUGCAAACUAAGAGAUGUUUAUACUCGAAUUAAUUGCAAUCUUGCAAGGAUUCCAGCAAUGCAAGUUAUAUUCUGCUUAGUCAAGUCAGUGACAUUUUGUAAGAGAAAAACUUUAAGCCUAAACCAAAUUCAACCUGGAAAAUCCUGACCAUUGCCAUCUCGCCUUCCCUGCUGGCUGGGAGGAAAGGGGAGGGGGAGUGUUCACAGCCAGCGAGCGGAGAUUAGUUGAGAGUGGAGGGGGAGGGGUGAUGCAUGUCAGGAACUCAGGAUUAUACAAGACAGGGAAUUUAAGUUAUUCUCUUAUAAAAUAGCUCUGACUUGACUUAGCAGUAUAUAAAUUACAUGGUUGGAAUCAUUGCAAUUAAUUCGAGUAUAAACAUCCCACAGUUGGCACUUGGCAAAAAAUUUAGUAAUUAACCUCGUACAUUUAAGUACAAGUUGUAUAUUAAAGUGGUCAUGUUUUGCCCGAAAUUAUGGCUUUUUAAUGGGGAAAACAAGGGGUUUAUACUCAUCAGAUUGUCCAAUACUACUACUUUUUUACACUCCAUGUGUGAGUCACAAAUGGUCAUAUGUAAUUUAGCAAGUUACUCAAGGUUUAUCACUGUAAAGAUCUAAAAACAUUCUUCACUGUAUCUGUUAUUGUAGCAUAUUGUACAUAAAGGCAACACAGUGGUUGGAGGGCUCCACUGCCCAAUGAAUUUCUCAGCUCUCA